AUGUCGAACAGUGUGGUUAACAGUGUCAAAGGCGGAAGACAAAUCAAGGAGUACCAUAGCAGUUACUUUUCCGCCAUCCAUCUCCUGGAGUAUAAAAUUGGAUACAUUAACAAGGAGGGUUUCUACACUGUGGUGGGGACGGUAUGCAGAUUGAAAUGGGUCAAGGAGGUCAUUAUCGAGACAUACCCUGAUGUCACCAUGCCUGUGUCUCUUGGUGAAUGGCGUGUCAGGAUUGGCACGUUUAUGCACCGUCGGAGGAAAGAAUAUGACUACCACUACUUUUGGAGGAAACUCCACAACUUAAUUAAAAAACACAAGAAUGCUGAGCCACCUAAAGAAAACAACAAUCCGGAGUGUAACAUCUCAUCUCGCACUGGCUCUUCUCCCGGUGCGAAUAGAUCUCCAAGCAACACGGCCCGUCAGUCUGCAUCUUCUGCUCAAACAGGGCCUUCACGUGACGUCAACAAUGGCAAAGGUAACGCAAGCUCACCGACUCUCUCACAAUCUGACAGCCCAAAGUGUGAUACUGUCAAGGAGAGUGGAUCCACAUGCGAUGUAAAUAAUCCCGGUCAUAACGAUGUCUCUCACUCUGAGUCUUCAUGUGCUCAACACAGUGGUUCUUCAAUUGAAAAAGAGACCAACCCUGUCCCUGAUUCCACUGACGUGACAAUUCCAGUUCCCCAACCCUGUGUAGAAGACGAAUUGGAUAAUAAAGACAAAGCCAUUAAUCUCAUGUCACAUGAAUACACCCCGAAAUCCGCCCAAAUAGGAAAAACUGACAAACCUGAAGUUGGCACAUCAGAGUCGCACUCACAUGUACCUGCAUACGUUCAUGGUGAGACAGAUCGUAUCAAUCGAGACAAGGAGGAAACUGACUCUGCACCGUCUGGGAUAGAGGACCUAUCACCUAAACACAGGCUAAAUAUAACGAGAAAUACCGACCAAAACACAUCAUCUAUCAUGGAAGUAACGGAGUAUCAUGAAUUCCAGAUCUAUCCGGUCCUCGGAUCAGGGACAACCAGUGGUGAAGCAGAUGCAAUUAAAGGGAAUGACUGUCCAGACAUGACCAACAUACUUCUAAUGAGAUCCGGGGAUGUAGAACAAAACCCUGGCCCGAAUGAUAAACUUGGGAACCUGACCGACCUCGAACUAUAUCUCCUUGCUGACAGUAUGGAUCCAUCAGAUUUCAGGAAGGUCGGACUAGCUUUAGGAUUCACUGAGGCUGAAUUAAGUCGGUUUGAGAAAGAUCAGAUGGGCAAUACUCUGUAUGCCACCUAUAAGAUGCUUUACGAAUGGCGGAAGAGAGUACGUGAAAGCGAGGCGAGGGAGACGUUGGUGGUUACGUUACAAAGCAUUAAGCUGGUGCAGCUUGCUGAUAGCGUACAGAAAGGUCAGGUUGGUGAUCACAUACCGUCCAUGACAGAGGAGGAAAUCCAACAGGUUGCUGAAGAGGUCAAACACUAUUUGGUAAUUCAUCUAUGUCAGAUUCAAGCCGAUCCACUGAACAGCGAACUUGUUCUUGAAUUUAAACGUAUAUUCACCAAUCUAACGUUGAUGGAAGAAGACAAAGGUACCAAAGUCAAGACACCGCUUCUUUACGACAACCUCCUCAGGACCAAGGUCAACGGAAGCUUUCCCAAACGCUUGUUGGUAGAAGGUGAAGGUGGUGUAGGGAAGACCACUUUUUGCGCCAAGAUCGCUUGGGAUUGGAUCCACGGGAAAGGUUACCAAGAUUUCAAACUGGUUCUUGUCAUCCUCCUUCGCAAGACAGAGGGCAGGACUGUUGGAGAGAUAGUGAAGUCGUAUCUUUCUGACAACAAUCCCGUCACAGCCAAACAGCUAGACAAGCACAUCCUCUCGAAUCCGAAAGACGUCUUUCUUGUCUUGGACGGCCUAGAUGAGUUUGCUGUCGAUCUUGACAGCAAUCAGCAAAUCGCCCUGAUCACUCUUAAUCAUCUGUUCAAGUCAGGGACAGUACUAAUCACAUCGAGACAAUGGAGAUCAGAUGAGAUUAGGAAGAAUGCCGAUCUCAGAAAGGUGUUUGCUUUCAUUGCUGUAGAAGGGUUCUCUGCUGAAAACCUCUCUUCUUACAUCACCAAGUUCUUUCAUCCAGACGCAGCUUCCUCUGAAGAUCUGAACCGAUUCAUAUCGAACAACGAUGUGAUCAGAGAGAACAUGGCUCCAUACCCCAUAUACACAACCAUGCUGUGUAUCAUGUGGAAAGAGUUUGAUGGAGAGCGCCGAGAGGCAAUGUCCAAGCUGCAAACAUUUUCCCAGCUCUUCAAUCAGAUGAUUGACUUUUUGGUUGAUCAUCACCUAUCAAAGCACAUUCCAUCUUCAGGUAUUGUUGAAGGCAAAUUAGGGGAUUAUUGUUCAGAUAUUCGUCCACACCUGAUUCACAUCGGCCGCAUUGCCUUCCAGGGACUUCUCGAGAGACGGUUAGUAUUCACAGAAGAAGAGUUUCAGUGCUAUCCAGAGUCCAUCGAUGUAGGUUGUAAAGUUGGUGUACUCACCAGAGAGAAGAAAAUUCUUCCGAGGCGAGAUAGGAGAAAUAAUCCGAAUUCAGUGGUCCAAUCGGUGCAGUUUCCCCAUAAGCUCUUCCAGGAGUAUCUAUCAGGAAUGUAUCUUGCAUCUCUUUACAACUCAAACCGUAAUGAGUAUGACAGGUUGAUAGCGAAUAUCAUACUGAACGCAGUGGAAUACCGGUACCUACUGUACUUCACCUCGGCCCAGCAGAAGGGGGUCGGCUUGGAUAUCGUAUCUCGUCUCAUGGCGUCGAACAAAGAGCGCCCACACGGCCUUAUUCGUGAUGACUUCAUCGUAGAUGUAGCAUACGAGAGCCAAGACCAAGAAGUGGCCAAAGCCGUGGCGGAUCAUCUAUCGACUACGUCCAGAAAGACACUGAAGAUCACCACAAGGAUGAAGGCACACACAAUAUCAGGGCAUACUUUCAUCAUGAACCAUCGUGAAGUGGAUGACCUGAGUAUUGAGAAGCCAUGUGGACGGACGGCUUCAGAGGACCUGGCUGAAUUCAUCUGCUCAUCACGAUCACUGAGAUCUGUGGAGAUCGAUAGUACUAUGCAUGAUGUCUUCUACUCGGUGCUUGGAAAUAAAGCAGUCGAUUCCAAGAUUGAGACUCUUAAGAUCUACUCUGCUGAUCUCAGUGAACGUCCCUCUGCAUCACGUGAUCUCGCUCAGUUCAUCUGUAAGAUAGCUCAUCUGAAGGACCUGACACUCCGCGGUCAGUUUCACGAUGACUUCUUCUCAACAUCUUCAUCGAUGCCAUUAUCCGCAAAGAUUGAGACUCUUCUCAUCGGCUCUGAUGAUCUCUAUGAACGUCCCUCUGCAUCACGUGAUCUCGCUCAGUUCAUCUGUAAGAUGACUCAUCUGAAGGACCUGAGACUCCGCGGUCAGUGUCACGAUGACUUCUACUCAACAAUUGAGACUCUUUACAUCUACUCUGCUGAUCUCAGUGAACGUCCCUCUGCAUCACGUGAUCUCGCUCAGUUCAUCUGUAAGAUGACUCAUCUGAAGGACCUGACUCUCAUGGGUCAUUUUAACACGAGCCCCACCCUGGCUGAGCUGACAGUGGAUACUGACACACUAGAAGGAUGGCAGGAUUGUGGUUCGAUGUUUGACAGUGUGAAGAAGAUCACUAUACAGGUACGGAGGACGAUCAACUGUGACGUCAUCCAGAGGAUCCAUCUACCAGGAGCAACAGAACUGACCAUUCAAACACGUGUGGAUGGAUGGCGACCGGCUGGUUUCCACGAGGAGCCCACUUCACUACCCAAUGCCCUCCUGAUUAUCUCCCCUCAGCUUGUCAAGGUGACAUUCAGCGAUCUUGACAUUGGCAACAGUAAGAUGGAACUAAUCUUACAAACUUUCAGAUCACCUCACAACCUCAAACAUCUGAAGAUUAUCAGAUUCAUACGAUGCGGGUCAGAUGCGGGCGUGGAUGAUGUCAUAAUUGCGUGCAAUAAAGAUCAGGUCAUGGAGGUGGAGGUGGAGCAUGGCAAACCACGUCCUUCUCUCAAACUCUUACUUCCAGGCUUGCAAUGCUCUUUAAGUUUUGAGAGCCAUGUCUUAAGAGAUGAAGACACAACAUCAGUCUUGAGAUCAAUGGGAGAGUAUCACAACAACGGCAAGAUGUGUGGAUGGCAGAGCUAUGGAGCCUUUGGAUGCGAGAUUUUACAUUUAGAUAUUUGA